AACGACGGUGACAAAAUCAUCCUACCCUCCUCUGCCCUCCAAGAACUUCUUACGGCCGGAAACAACCAACUACCCUCACCACUGACAUUCGAGUUACGCCAUCCACACACAAACGCAAUAAUCCACAGUGGAGUCAAGGAAUUUGCCGAUCUUACUAAUCAUAUUCAACUGCCAGCAUGGAUGGCACACGCAAUCGACCUCAAUGACGAAGACCAUGUCCUUAUCAAAGCAAAACCCCUUCCCAAGGGCACAUGGGUACGUCUUCGCCCCUUGUCCGAAGAUUACCUAGAGAUCACCGACUACCGUGCAGCUCUUGAAUCUCACCUGCGCGGCCACUAUACCACUCUCACUACCGGCCAGACGAUUACGUGUCGUUAUGGUGCACACAGCUACGGCUUCUUGGUAGUCGAUCUCAAACCAGACCAGGCUGUAGGUGUAACUGACACAGAUCUCGAAGUCGAUCUGGAUCCA